AAUAAAAUUUGUCAUGACAAGCUUUUUUAGCCAGAGCAAUUUUCUAAACGACAAUACAACUCCGCAGUUGACAUUUUAACUCGCUUCGUUAGUGAGGCUACGUUUCACAAAUCAAGAGAAACUUUUUCUGAAGUACAACGUUCAUUUUGAGCAGACGCAAGCAUAGAAUGGAAGGUCUUCGCGUGGUGAUUGCUGGGCCCACAGGUUCAGGCAAGAGUGCAGCGGGAAAUGCCAUCUUUGGACGCAGUGUAUUCACUUCUGCUGCUGGUUCCUGCUCUGUCACCCAGGCGUGUGAAAGCGCAGAGGAGGAAGUGGAGGAUGUCGGGAAGCUCCUGAUCGUCGACACACCGAGUCCAUUGAGUCCGGGUCAGAGGAGGCGGUGCCUCCAGCUGUGUGCUCCAGGCCCUCACGCGUUCCUGCUGACGCUACGCGUGGGCCGCUACGAUGAAGAAGACCGGAACCAGGUUGAGAGUCUGGAGAAAGUGUUUGGAGAAGCGAUGUAUAAUUACACCACAGUUCUUUUCACACACAGGGACAAUAUGGAGAUGACAGGGGAACGGUUGCAGGACCACAUCGAAAAUGCCAACCCCCACCUCAAAAGCCUGCUCGAGAGGUGUGGGCAGAGAUACCAUGUAUUUGACAAUAGGAAAAAAGAUGACAGAAAACAAGUGAAAGAACUUGUCAAAAUAGUUGAUGAAAUGGUAAAGGCUAAUGGUGGUAAGCACUACGAGAGACUCGCAUCACCCUGUGUGAAAUUCAUAUCAGUGUGUACCCUGUUCUCAUUCGUAAUUCUGCUGACAUUCCUGUGGAUAUACUGGAAUAACGUAGAUGAUGUCAGGCCCGUCUUGUAAAUGGUUGGCAUUUGUAUAGCGCCUUUAUCCAAAGCACUAUACAAUUGAUGCUUCUCAUUCACCCAUUCAAACACACUCACACACUCACACACCAACAGUGAUUGGCUGCCAGCUCAGACCAGCUCGUCAGGAGCAUUUGGGGGUUAGGUGUCUUGCUCAGGGACACUUCAACACAGCCCGGGCAGGGGAUCGAACCGGCAACCCUCUGACUGCCAGAGGACUGCUCUUACUGCCUGAGCCAUGUCGCUUGUUUUCUGGAAUUGUCUUUGGGAUAGGAAUUUUAUGGCUGGUGAAGCAAACAUUAAAAUACUGCCAUGAUCUGAUACAGCUUCAAAGGAGUAGAAUGUUAUAUGAUUGGAUUGAUUUCGACGAAUACAUCAAAAUACAUUUAAUAUAGUUCUGAGCAUGGAUAUAGUGACGGGGUGGUCAGAUGAUCAAAGACUCGAAAGACAUAUUUGAUUCAAAGAAUAAUUUGAAAUGAAAGACAAACAUGCCCUCUAUGGACCACUUCAUUGAUUACCAUAGAUGAAUAUAUAGCCAUUAUAUAGCCAUAUUUGAUAUAAUUAUCCGUUAUUAUAUGAUCUAUAAUCAACCAUAUCCAUUAUGAAGGAGAAGGGACAACUGACCCUGUAUUAGCACUGCUACUCUGAGGUGUGUUACAGAUAUGAGCGUGAGUAUUUUGGAUCCAUCCAUCUUCAUGUAACUGAAUUCAGUCUGCUCCAAUAUUAACUUUAGGGAGCUCAAUCUGUUGUCGAAAUGUUUGGAUACAGAAUUACAGUUGUGAUUUAAAAAAUAAGAGAAAACUUGAGCAUGUAGAAAACAAUUUCGAAUUUUUGUAAAAUGCUUUAUAAUGAAAGCAAUGUUUUAAUACAGAGGUGCAGCGAUACCUUAAAG